UUCCCGGGGGUGGGGGGAAGAGGAGGGCGGCCCCACCCCUCGGGACAAGGCCGCUCGCCCCCUUCAGCCACCCCAUCACUUCCUCCCGGCCGCCUGAGCCAACGCUCUGCGAAGGCCUACCUGGGUCCUGGGCAGCGAGGCUGGCACGGGAGAGGACAGUCGCCCCCCGGGCCUGACUGCCAACCGAACUGACACUGGCCCACCCGCCGGGCUAGGACCGUUGUGCAAAGCCGGUCCGCCGGGGGCAGGAAGUGGUUGUGCGGCCCUUUGAGGCAAUGGACCCCUUUUCCCGGCCCCCACCGGAUCCCGCCUCCGCUUCCGCUCAGACCCCGUCGGACACCCAUGAACGCCUCGACCCCCGCGUCCCCUUCGGCCUCCGUGCCCCUGGCCAUCGGGGUGCUGGCCCUGGCCCUGGGCCUGGGCCUGCCGGGCAACGCCUUCGUGGUGUGGAGCAUCCUGGCCCGCCUCCGGCGCCGCUCGGUGACCGCCCUGCUGGUCCUGCACCUGGCCCUGGCCGACCUGGCCGUGCUGCUGACCGGUCCCUUCUUCCUGGACUUCCUGACCCGCCUGCACUGGAGCUUCGGCCUGUCCGGCUGCAUCCUCUGCCACUACGUCUGCGGGCUGUGCAUGUACGCCAGCGUCCUGCUCAUCGCCGCCAUGAGCGUGGACCGCUCCCUGGCCGUGGCUCGCCCCUUCCUCUCCCAGAAGCUGCGCACCAAGAAGGCCGCCCGGUGGGUCUUGGCCGUCAUCUGGGCGUCCGCUGCCCUGCUGGCCACGCCGGUCGUCGCCUACCGCAAGCUGGGGCCCCUGAUGGGAAACGGCACCAGGUUGGCCUGCAAGCUGGUCCACCCGAGGCUGAGCCACGUGGCCUUCCACCUGCUCUUCGAGUCCAUCACGGGCUUCCUGCUGCCCUUCCUGGCGGUGGUGGCCAGCUACUCGGACGUCGGCCGCCGGUUGCGGGCCACCAGGUUCCGCCGCAGCCGCCGCACGGGCCGGCUGGUCGUGCUGAUCGUCGUGACCUUCGCCCUCUUCUGGUUGCCCUACCACUCCGUCAACCUGGCCGAGGCCAGCCGGGCCCUGGGCGGGCUGGGCCCGCGCGAGGGUCCGGUGGGGCUGCGGCUGAGCAAGGCGCGGGAGGUGCUCAUCGCCCUGGCCUUCCUCAGCAGCAGCGUCAACCCGCUGCUCUACGCCUGCGCCGGCGGGGGGCUGCUGCGCUCCGCCGGGGUGGGCUUCGUGGCCAAGCUGCUCGAGGGCACCGGGUCCGAGGGCUCCAGCGCCCGGAGGGUGACCACCCUCAAGUCCGGCCCCCGGGAGGGCAACCGAGGCCCCGAGCCCGGCCCGGCCGAGAGCCUCACCGUCUCCACCAACCCCAUCGACUGAGCCCCGCCGGGGAUACUCCCACCGUGCCCCGCGCCGCGGGAGACCACUCGGGGCCGGGACCGGCGUGGGGGGGGAAAGCCGGGGGCCCCCACCUCUCUUGCCCUCCCCCGGCCCACGAAGCCCCACCUCCGGCGCUGGAAUGCCCAGAGGGACGAGGAGAGGAGGAGGUGAUGGAGGAGGAGGAGGAGGAGAUGCCCCGGGACUUCUCUCCAUCCUUCCCCCCGAACUGUCUGGCUGGGCCCGGGGGCUGGACCCUGCCUACCUCUGAGCCUCAGUUUCCUUACUACUACUACUACUACUAAUAAUGGGCACUAUACUAAGCCUUCCCACUCCCCCCGGGGAGAGGUCCCCACGUCCCCCGCCCCUUUCGGGGCUGCGGUCAGUGUCGAGCGCAGAGUUUGGAGCGCGGGGCUGGGAGCGGUGAGCCGGCCGGUUCCCAGUUGGUUUCAUUAAACCGCGUUCUCCGAGCG